AUGGACUCUAAAAUCGACUACACCCAACAAGAGGAGCUGACGCAUGGGGAUAACCCGAACCAUGUGUCCGAGAAGGCGACUCCCCUGAGAUCCUCUAGAGAAGACAACCUGACAUGGCGCGAGGUAUUUACCUGGCGCGUCAACCUUAGUAUUUUGUUUCUAGGCAUUGCGUAUGCUCAGACGAUUGGUUUCAUCCUUUUCUGCUCCAUUCUCGUGUCUGAGUAUCAGAAGUCCUUCGGAGCGGCGUCCAACGCAACUUGGAUUCCUAUUUCGCAUAUUACGGCAGCCACCGUCGUCUUCUCCAUCUGGGGAAGAUGGUCUGAUAUUGUCGGACGACGCUACGUAUUCCUUGCAGCGAACGUGUUUUCCGUCGUCGGAUCAGUCGUAGGGGCCACCGCAAGCUCCAGCAAUCAAAUGAUCGCAGCCGGGGUUCUCUCUGGCAUCGCGAACGGAGCCAAUCAACUGAGCACCGCGGCCAUGUUGGAGCUGGUUCCCAACCAGUUCAAACCGUACGUGAUGGGCUUCUGGGCGCUCAGCGGGUUGCCUUUGCAGUUCGCCCCCCUGAUCUCGGGAAGUUUCAUCGCCGACUACGGUGUUGGUUGGAAAGGCUGCUGGUGGUUGAUGCUGGCCAUCGCAGCCACAACCUUCAUCGGCCUCCUUCUCGUCUAUUUCCCGCCUAAAGGGGAAGAGAUGGACCAGAACGAGGAGUUGAAACAUGGCUUCAAGUAUGAGCUCAUGCACUUUGACUGGUUCGGUGUCAUUCUGCUCGCAGGAUCCUUGGUCUCCAUUCUGCUCGGCCUCCAGUGGGGUGGUCAGCAGUAUCCGUGGGACUCGGCUCGGGUCAUCACUUGCAUCGUCGUCGGUGGUGUUGGUCUUGUGGCGCUUGCCUAUUGGGAAUAUCUUUCUAUCCCGAAGAUCCCACUUGUCUCAAUGGAAUUGAUCAAGAUGGGUAGAGCGUUUGUCAUCCCUUGCACCACCAUUGCCUUCUCUGCCAUGGGCUACUAUUCAAUGAACAUCAUCUGGCCGAUAAUGAUCUCGGCCCUGUUCACAACCAGCGCUCGAACCGCGAGUUACUACCAGAUGGCAUCACCCUCGGCCACAUUAGCCGCGGCCUUCGUGUACGCCCCCAUCGCCAAGCGUGUCAAACACUAUCGAUGGCAAAUUGUGUUCUGGAGCCUGUUUCAAGGCGCCUUUACCGCGGCAAUGGCCGCAUCCGACAAGGACUCGCGUGUCAUGUCGACGGUCUUCGUGUGCCUGAUCGGAGUGGGCCUCACGGGCUUACAACUGAACGCUCAGCUGUGCUUUACGACGCAAAUACCGCCUCGUCUCCUCGGCUCCGCAUUUGGGCUUUCCGGCUGUUUCCGCCAGUUCGUGGGCUCGAUUGCCUCGGCGGUCUACAUCACCUGCUUGCAGAACGAACUCAAGUCGAACCUUCCGAAGAAAGUUACUCCGGCGGCCUUGGGUGCAGGACUGCCCCAGUCCUCCCUUCCCAGCCUCUUCGGGGCCAUCAGCAGCGGAGAUCCCUCAGCUUUCGCGGCUGUCUCUGGUGCGACACCAAGUGUACUCGCUGCAGUCACGGAUGCUGCCAAAGAGGCCUACUCGGAAUCCUUCAAGACUGUCUUCUUGGUCUCCAUCGCCUUUGCUAGUGUCUGUACUCUCUCGUCCAUUUUUAUCAAAAGUUUUGGUACAGAGAACACGGACAACCACAUAACUCUCAAGGUGAAAGUCGUUGGCGAAGACGAGGCGGAAAAGGUGACCAUACGUAAGCUAGAUCUGUAG